AAUGACUUGCAACAAGCUGUCACCCGGCCCCGUGGACGAUACACCAUUAGAUCACUUAAACACAUCAGGCACCAAGUUGUAUAGGAUAGAAGAAAUACCGGUUGACGAAGUGAAUCUAGCAGAGGGCGAAAUGCAAGUUCCUGUUGCGCAUUUUCACAAAGAGGUUUUCUCAACGUUCGGUAUACCCUUCUUCUUCAAGAUCAAGCACGGCGAACCUUUUCCCAAAAUGAAGGACAGGUUGUUAAAGAAAUUAGGGGUCCAGGAGAAAGAAUUCGAAAAGUUACUUCGUACUCGAUCGCGAAAUAUUGGACAGCGGUUCUGUGAAUGUCCUGUGCGGAAGGAGAAGGGCUGACCACCCAGACGGUCUGAGAGGAGGAGGAGGCCUGGCAAAGGCAUCGGGCCCCGACGGAGCAACCUUGGGAAUCAUCGGAGCAACGUGGCUGACGUAACUCCGUCCGUUGCGCAUCGGUCGGUGAGUGACUUUUUUUAUAAUGAUCACUUGAUAUCUGAGGUGAGAUUGGGUGAGAUCAAAUAAUGUUUGCGAUUUAUUUCGCGGUUCGGUUCGUGGUUCGCGGUUCGCGAUUCGGAUUGUACUAUUUUUUUCCAUCAUUGAUUUAUUUAUUGAUUUAUUC